GUGGCUAUUUUGCAUAUGUGUUAUUUUUCGAAAAUGGCGGACUUACACCAGAGUUUAUAGCUUGUACAUAAGCAAUCCAGCAAUUUAGCUUUCUCUGUCUUAGCCUAACUUCCCAAAUACCUGUAGAUGUGGAGUCCACCAGGUCCUCUUAUGUUUAUCAUAAAUCUGCUAAUAUUUUAGUGUAGUGGGGUCUGCGCUGGGGGACGCUGUGUGGCGUCUGACGCGUUGGAGCAGUGACAAAAGAGAUCUUCCAGCAGCUGCAAAGUCUGGUGACCUUGUCCAAAAUGGCCAGUCCACCGGUCACUGACGCCAGAACUACGGACAAAGAGGUAACAAACGCGUGUGGUGAUUGUCAUGAAGCGCAGCAGGUCGAUGUGUGUACCGAUUUGCCUACGGAGUCUGACAAGAGAGGUCUUUUCCUGGAGUUGGACCUUGCUCUCCCCAUCAAUGGCGGAGGGAGCACUGCGAAGCUAUCUGUCGACCACACGAGCGACAUUCGGCCCGAGCUGGUGGUGUCUCCGAUGUCAGACCUGGCCAUGAACGUCAGCAUGUGUGAACUAACUGAUGGAACACCCAAGCGUCGACUUCAGUUGUCUCUGACUCCAACCCCACAAAGUGUGACACCAGUCAUCAGAAGAAUUUCUUCCAUCUCUUCUUUCACAGAUUCACCAAACCAUGUGGAGGACUCCCCCACCAUCCAGCAAAUGACAAGCAGGUUGCAGAACAGGAACCCUGCACUAAGAAGACCAUUGUCAUUACGGCGCCAUCAGUCCAUGCCAGUCCAUUUCCAGGGAUUCAGUCAGGAGAUAGAAGGACAGAAGGAGAAUGUUGAGGAGAUCGCUUCAGGCAGCCAUGGAACAGACCAAGAGAAGAAGGAAGCAGAGGUUGAGAGUCAUCCCUUCCGAGUGCCAAACAGGCCUCCCACCAAGCGUGGCCUGCACCUCCCAGUACCUCAGUGUUUAAAGAAGUCUCCAACAGCACCUGGGAGUUUAGAGGUGGCUGCAGGGAGUUCAGCAGCUCUGCCUGAAGCCCCACCUCAUAUUUUUGAUGUGGACAAUGAUGAUGACUUUUUGGAGUUGUUGGUGGCAGAGCAGGGUCAGGUUGCCGAAGAGAAAGUUUCGUCCAGUCUGAUGAGUUUAAUGAAUGCCCCACUACUUAGUUCUGAGGCUGAACACAAAUCACCUGGCGAAACACCCAAGGGUUCUGAACGGGGCCAACCCCGGGGGCUUUUCCGAUCUCCGAGUGCGCCCAGGUUGACAGGAUUAAAGCGGUCGGAAUGCUCCACACAACGUGUCAGUCCUCUCAACAAGAGAAGAAAAAGUGUCUGUGAAGAUGAAACUACAAUCCAGCCUAUUCGGCCACCUCUCUAUCGUUCCCACUCAAUUUGUGAGGUCGGUGGUUUCUCACAUUACCUGAAUGCAGGUGGAGAGGGCCAUAACUUGAUAGGGGACUUUUCUAAGCCAUAUUGCUUACCACUCGUCAAGGGCAAGCACCAAGAUCUGAAGAGUAUAACACCAGACACUUUGGUUGACCUGUUGCAAGGUCUGUACAGUGGACAAGUACAGCACUUUGAAAUCAUUGACUGCAGAUAUCCUUAUGAGUACAAGGGGGGGCACAUUAAGGGAGCAAAGAAUAUCUACAGAAAGGAUGAAGUUCUGUCAGAGUUACUCCGCAAUCCACCAAAGUAUUCAGACAGUAAUGAGCGCCACAUCCUGGUGUUCCACUGUGAGUUCUCAUCGGAACGAGCGCCAAAACUGUCCAGAUUUCUCAGGAACAAAGACAGAGAUGCCCACAAGAAUUGUUACCCAGGUCUGAACUAUCCUGAAGUCUACCUGCUGGAUGGAGGCUACAAGGCCUUUUAUGAGGCCCAUGAGAGCAUGUGCGACCCCCAGAGCUACACCCCUAUGCUGCACAAGGACUAUGGUGAAGAGUUGAAGAAGUUCCGGCUGCGGUCCAAGUCGUGGGCGGGCGAGCGGCGCCCCGUGAUGAGAGCAGGACUAACCCAGAGGUUCAACUCUGUCAGGUGACAGGGAGCUGCUAUAUACACAUGGACAUGAGGCCACACGGAUUUAUUUCUAUGGUUCUCAGACACAUUGAACUGGAAAUUAGCCAGAGGACAAAAUUAGAGUGUGGAGAUGAACAAGUCUGUAAACUCACUCCCUUUGUGUAUCAAAGUGAAAGUCACAGUCUUGGUUUUCAUUUUCACACUGUUUGUAACCUGAGAACCAAUGAAAUAGAUGGAUGUGUCUUGACUGUGCAAUAAUGUAAGGCAGUAGAAUCCUCAGGCUUCCCUGUGGGAAGAACAAUUACCUAACACUGGUCACCAUGAAGUUUGAAAAAGGCUCUGGUGAUUUUGGAAGUUUACUCAACUUAAAAUACAAAUGGUACCAAAUGUAUAAUGCCAUAAUAUAAAGGGGCCAUGUUCUUUAAAAUAGCAUGCUAAGCUGUACAUUAACCCUGCAACAAGCUAACAUAUUAGAGCUUCAAAUUGAGUAGACUUUCCAAAUUUCCAAUGUCCUGUCACAUUUAUAGUGACCAGUAUUGUAUUGAUGUAUUUGUGAAGCUUCACUCUUGCUUUUAAAACAUGUGUAUCUAUCACCUUUGUUACAGGUUGGUAGGGCGUGCAGUAGCACUCCUGUUUAGUUGGGUGUUUUUUUAUUUUGUGAUUUACAUCAAAUUUUAAUUUCUAUGUAUUAGAAUGGCAGUACUCAAGAAUCCAGUGUGAAAUAAGGCAGCAAAUUUCUUUGUUUUUAAUAGUUGAAAAUACUGGCCAGUUGAACUUGGGAAGCAAGAAUUCUAAGUUGAUCAAAAUAGCCCCCAUACAUUGGUGACAACAAUCUGGAUAUGGCUAACAGCAAAACUAGUGAAGUAGUUGACUCAAGUAUUCAAUUGAUAUAAGUUCCCAAAGUCUUGACAAUCGUCAGUACAUUUCACAGGCAGAGAAGUUUCCCUGUUCUCUGAUUAAAUCCACUUACACUUGAAUCCUGAGACAGAAGUUGGUUAUUCACAAUCAGGUAAGGCCAUCAGAAAAACAGCUAAUCAUGUCGGGUUGGUUUUCCUGCAGAAAUAUAACCAAUAAAUGUCAGUGCCUUUUAUUCUUUGUGAAUAAAUGUUAACAGCCUUCUGUGCAAGGGUACAAACAUAUCUUAUGAUGAAAAUUUGCAUAAAUAUAAAGGAAUUGUUCACAAUUUUCUGUUUUCUCAACUUGAUAUCUAGACAUUUGUUUCAUUACCCUUGUCGAUGCUGUCUUGUGAUUUACAUCAAAUUUUACCCCAAUCAAACACAAAUUUUGUGCUGAGACUAAUAGGCUCAAGUGCCAGCCAUUGUGUAUUAGAUGUCUUUGUAGUACAUGUAAUUAUAAUACAUACAUUUGCAUAUUAAUCAUUACUACUUUAUUUUGGAGCAAAAGUGUACUACAUGUAUAUGUAGCUCAAGAGUAGGAGAUUACAAUUGUUUAGCUGCUAAAUGUCUAUAUCAAAGGCCCUUUACACUGAACUGAACUACACUUUUAAAUAAUUCUCUACACUUUUAAAUAAUUCUUGAGAUUAUAAUCAUUUCUGCCGAGCAGUGCUCUGGUAUUUUGAGACAAUACAUUUAUUAUUGCCAACUUUGUGUUAAGUGACUUCUGCCUGCCAGCCAAUGUCAGUCAGGAGAAGACCCAUGCAACACAUAAAUGCACACAUUAGUCAUGUGACAUGACUGACAUGUAGGUAAUAACAUACAAAUGUUCCCAUGUGGUAUAUAUGGACAAUGGCAUAGGUGAUGAGGGGGUACAUGUCCAAUGUUCCAGCAUGCCAGUGAAAGCAAUAGGGUUGUCAAUGUGUAGUUGCCAAGUUUAUUUGUGCCCAGUUUCCACCAUUUUCAAGUGGCAUUUUCAAGUUUCCACCAUGGCACAAUGCCUUAAGAUGGCACAUACAUGUAUAUCAACAAUUGAAAUCCCAUGACAAUUUAAUUUUUUAGCAACCAUAAUGUGGCAUAAGCAUGUUGUAAAUGAUAAUGACAAGACAUACCUCCUUCAGCAGAACACAACCAUACUGACUGAGCAGGUUUACUUGGAACCUACAAGAUUAAUUUCUUCUGCAUAAGGCAUGAUAGUGGCAGCAAGGUGUACAUGUACUGUAGUUGUGUGUUUCAGGACAACCAUUGAGUUUAAGUAACAGAUUUGUUUUUGUUAGAUAUUACACUGUUCACAUAUCCAAAUACUUCAUUUGUCAUGAUGUACUUUGUCUUGCAAUACAAACACUCAGGAUAUCUUUCAUGCUUCAUAUUGAUUGUUGCAACAAGGUAUAUUUGCAGCUAAUGCUUUUGUAACAAUUUUAAUGUCCAUUGGACUGUUAGAUCUCAAUCCAUAAUAGAAUUGAAUCAAUGAUAGCGCUUGAAAAUAAAACAAAGGAAGAAUGAAUAUUUUGUUAUGUGCUUUGGUUUUAUUAAAUUUGCUGAUCCCUGCAUGAAAGGGAAG